CACACACACAGACCAAACGCACCCAAGUACGAAGAACAAGUUGCCAUAAUCAUGUUGAUAAAACAGAAAAGAGUUUGAAUAAGCAAAAAUAAACAGCACCAAAUGAAUACCUAUCAAGUUCACACGUUCCCCACUCCAUUUCGCGUUCUGACAUAUCCAUCCACAAAGCAACCAAACAUGCAUCUCUUGCUCUUGCUUCAUGCCAACACUAACACCACCCUUUGUUCCUCACUCACCGAUGACUCCUUUUCCAUCCCAAAACCAACACAGUUGGGUUACAGUGCUCCAGGGGAACUGUUCGGACUGGAUGAGGAAUUUAAGCCAAGAGUGUCCAGCAAAGCUAACUCUCAUACACCCGAACCAAGGUCCUGGUUUGGUCCAAAUGGACAGUAUAUCAGAGAGUUACCAUGUCCAAGUUGCCGGGGAAGGGGUUAUACUCCUUGUACAGAGUGUGGAAUUGAAAGAUCAAGAUCAGACUGUCCAAUAUGUAAUGGAAAGGGUAUACUGACUUGCCACCAGUGCUCUGGAGAUUGUGUUAUAUGGGAAGAAUCAAUUGAUGAACAACCAUGGGAGAGAGCCCGUUCUACUUCCCCACUUAAAGUGAAGGAAGAUGACGAAGUUGACAACUUAGACAUAAAGCUAAAAGUGAAGAAAAAAUCCAAGCGUGUUUACCAGUCACCUUCUCCUGAAGUCGGAUUAAAGAUUAGUCGUUCAUUAAAAAGUCUCAAUGCUAAAACUGGUCUAUUUAGCAACCGAAUGAAGAUUAUCCACCAGGAUCCCAUGCUUCAGGCUCAGAGAGUGGCUGCUAUUAAGAAAGCCAAGGGAACUGUUGCAGCAAGAAAGCAGACCUCCAAAGCAAUGAAAGCUUACUUUAGUGAUCCAAUAAACCGUCAGAAAAGGAGCAUGGCCAUGAAGGGAGUGAAAUUCUACUGCCAAAACUGUGGACGGGAAGGGCAUAGGAGACACUACUGUCCAGAACUCAAGGAUAGUUUGAUUGAUCGCAGGUUUGCAUGUAGGCUAUGUGGGGAAAAAGGCCACAACAGAAGAACGUGUAGAAAGUUAAGGAUAAGCCAUAGUAAUGGGAGAGUUAUAAAACACCAUCAGUGUAAAAUAUGUCACCAAUAUGGCCAUAACAGCAGGACAUGCCCUCAAGUUGUUUCUAAUAAAAUAAGGGACAUGGCCUCUCGAAGAUCAUACAAGUGUCGGUUGUGCCAUAGAGAGGGACACAAUAUUAGGACAUGCCCUAGUAGAACAGUUGUUACUGAACAUCCUGAAGAUUAAUAACCGUAUUUGUGAAAAACACAAGCUUUUCAACCUAAAUCAUAUUGAGGAAUGUAAUCAGAACUGGAAAAGCUUUAUUUAUUUUCCUCAGGUUUAUGUAUCUGCAGCAAGACCUAUUCAGUAAUGUCGAUUAGCCAAAACUGACAGAAUUCAGCUAGGUUUAAGGGUGGUUGUUGGAUGGGGUCAUUCAUCCAUCGAAAAGUUAUCAAGUAUGCCAACUCAUUCUGUUAAAAAAUUUGGCAAAAAGAUUCUGGUUCAGUAGCAUUUUGCUUAUUUUAAUUUGUUUGAUAUAGUCUGUCAUGAUGUUAUCUCAAUAUGG